CGCACAGACUUGCCUGGAUUUCCACAUUGAAAAUGGCGGCCUCGGUGUUUCCCGGCGUACGGCUCCUGUCCAUCGGAGACGCAAAUGGAGACAUACAGCGACACUCAGAACAGCAGCCUCUGCGGUUGGAAGUCAAAACUACACAAGAUGCUGCUCUAAUCAACCUAUCCAAUGAUGAGGAGGCGAGUGUUUUCAAGUGUUCGGUUUCUCGGGAGACAGAGUGCAGCAGAGUGGGGAAGCAGUCGUUCAUCAUCACACUGGGCUGCAACAGCGUCCUGAUUCAGUUCUCCUCACCUGGAGACUUUCAAUCCUUUUAUAACCUCUUGAAGAACUGUCGUGGGCAUCUUAGUGAGCACUCGGUCUUCAGUGACAGAACAGAGGAAUCAUCUGCUGUGCAGUAUUUCCAGUUUUAUGGCUACCUCUCACAACAACAAAACAUGAUGCAGGACUAUGUGCGUACAGGGACCUACCAACGGGCUAUUUUGCAGAACCACACUGACUUCAAGGACAAGAUUGUGCUCGAUGUUGGCUGUGGCUCUGGGAUACUAUCUUUCUUUGCAGCCCAGGCUGGAGCCAGAAAGGUCUAUGCUGUGGAGGCAAGCACAAUGGCUCAGCAUGCUGAGGUGCUGGUGAACAGUAACCGUCUUGGGGAGCAUGUAAUUGUUAUCCCAGGAAAGGUGGAGGAGGUGACACUCCCUGAACAGGUUGACAUCAUCAUAUCGGAGCCCAUGGGCUACAUGCUGUUCAAUGAACGCAUGCUGGAGAGCUACUUGCAUGCCAAGAAGUUCCUCAAACCCAAUGGUAAAAUGUUCCCUACCCUUGGGGAUGUUCACCUUGCCCCCUUCACAGACGAGCAGCUGUACAUGGAGCAAUUCACAAAAGCCAACUUCUGGUACCAGCCUUCCUUCCAUGGUGUAGACCUCUCUGCCCUGCGGGGAGCAGCAGUCGAUGAGUAUUUUCGCCAGCCAAUUGUGGACACAUUUGAUAUCCGUAUCCUUAUGGCAAAGUCGGUGAAAUACACAGUCAACUUCCUAGAGGCCAAAGAGGAGGAUCUUUACAGGAUAGAGAUCCCCUUUAAGUUCCACAUGUUGCACUCAGGUCUUGUGCAUGGUCUGGCUUUCUGGUUUGAUGUGGCAUUUAUGGGAUCAGUUAUGACAGUAUGGCUGUCCACUGCACCUACAGAGCCUCUUACUCACUGGUACCAGGUACGCUGUUUGCUGCAGUCUCCGCUCUUCACCAAGGCUGGAGAUACACUGUCUGGCACCGCACUACUAGUGGCCAACAAACGACAAAGUUACGACAUCAGUAUUGUUGCCCAGGUGGACCAGACUGGUUCAAAGUCCAGCAACCUCUUGGAUUUAAAGAACCCCUUUUUCAGGUACACGGGUACCAGCCCUAACCCGCCUCCUGGGUCACAUUACACCUCCCCAUCGGAGAAUAUUUGGAACACAGGUGUAGGCUACAGCAUGAGUCAAGGGAUGUCUGUGUCAGGAAUGCCGGCAGCUUAUGACCUUAGUACAGUCAUCGGCAGUGGCCCAUCAGUCUCUCACAACAACCUUAUCCCUCUGGUCAACACAGGUAUUGUGAACCACACCCACUCCAGGAUGGGCUCCAUCAUGAGCACAGGAAUUGUCCAGGGAGCCACAGUAGGCCAGUCAGGUCCCACUAGCAGUGGUACUUACUAUCCGGUCACCAACCAGUUCACCAUGGGGGGUGCUGCAAUCUCAAUGGCGUCCCCGAUGGUCAUACCCAGCAACACCAUGCAUUAUGGCAGUUAAGACGAAGACUUUGCAAAGACCCCUUUAACUUGCCCACCUCUGCAUGACAAACAAUUGCCUGUAAAAAAAAAAAAAAAACAACAAAAAAAACUUAGCCCCCACCUCUCCUAAACCAUAGUUGACCCAUGGACCACAGCCAAUACCAAAACUAGUGCUCUCUUGGCACUUAUCUCCUUUUUUCAACAUCGUCAAUCUAUUUUUGUCUAUCCUUUAUUGUACACAAACAUGCAAGCACUCAUAUCCGUCCAGACUCAUUUUAACAAUGGCUGAAACGUCCUUGUCUUUACGAGUCCUUCAGGCCGUUGCACACCGAUGCACUGUUGAAGUGCAGCAUUUUGUUUUUGCCAUUCAACGUAACAAUUUCUCCUUUCCUUGUGGUCACAACUUGUCUCUUGUUUCUCUCAUGAUCAUGUUUAUCAAAAGUGAACACACCAGCUGCCAGAGGCAGUUCUAUAUUCCAUCAUGAUCGGCACUCAUUUUGACUUUUUUUUUGUGUUCUGCCCUGGCUUUUAAAUAUCAUAUCACCUAAGCCAUGACAGACAAAAAAGAUAAUGAAUAAAGACACUCACAGCCUCUGUAUAUUCAUAUACAUGGACGCGUAUCCUGAAGUGUAAUGGACUUGCUCCUUGGCACUCUUGAGUUUUGUAUUCUGCUCAUUACCCAAUGUUAGGUUACCCAUGUGUUUUAAAUUUGCAAUCCUUCAUCAGUUUUGGAUGUACCCCACAAUACAUCAGACGUUGCUUAACGUCGAUGCUGAGCCAUGACAUAAAUAUGCACCUACUAUUGUC